GAUUUGUUUCCAUGAAAGUGCACGUUGCACAAAACCUUGUCAGACCCAGACGCACACAACACAUUCCUCGCUCCCCCACCCGAUCACAAUCUCACUCUUCCCUCUGCCACUUCCUCUCUUCGCAACCCAACACACCAUGUUCUCCAACGCCAACUCCAAGGGCUGCCGCUGCGGCGACUCCAACUGCACCUGCGGCAAGGCCCGUGCUGGCUGUGUGUGCGGCGACAACUGCUCGUGCGGCAGCACCUGCAAGUGCGGCGACGGCUCCUGCGGAUGCGGCAAGUAAAAGCAUCUUGCGUGGCGGCUGCAACGACAAGGGCAACAGCAUAUUUCACAUGAAUGACCACGGCGGCAGCGAUCCAUGCCCCCUGAUCCGUUGUUUGCGCAGAAGCCCUGUAUAUCUGUACAUGGUGUCGGAGGGAUGGGCGUGUGUGGCCUUGGAGCAACAGCUCACAUUCUGAUGAUAAUUUGUUUCUUGUUUUUUGUCGCCGACUCUCCUGAAGUGGAUGCGAUGGAACUUGCGAGAUGCGCCACGGAGGAAAGUUGAUCAUCGUGUCCCGCACGACGAACGUCGAGCGUUGUUCCCGCGGGAUACCCCUUCCUGCCAUUUGUGCGCUAUGGCGCUAGUAGUCGGGUGUACACGCCGGCGCCGAAAUCAUUCUCCAUGCCCUGGCGUCGUAAUUUUUUGGUGCAUUGCAAUAAAAACGUAGGGGAGCAAGUUAUAAGGAUGCAGCGAUCGUGUUUGUGUCGAGUCCUAACGUCAAGGAGGAGAGGGAUUGGUAAUGGCACUGUAGAGAACGUCACGGUUGGCCGCGUUUGGCUGUAACCCAUGAGAAUCUGCGUGUCUUAUCCUUGUUUUUUCGUUUCUUUAUUUUCCGUUGGUGCAAGUCCUGCCUUCGGGUUUGAAAGCUGGUCUCCUAGCGACACGGUGCGUUUAAAUGUGCUACUGCUAUACCCAUGUACAGGAGCACGUGAGGAGCUUUGCAAUCCUCGAUGUUUUUCUCUGAAAAGCGCAUAAUUAUGAGUCAUGCUCUUCCCGUCUUACCCCGCGGCGGGACAUGAGAGCCGCCCGGUCCAACACGACCCAUGCUCAACGGAAAACGUCCCCAAUUGGGCCUUCAUGCAUCCUUGGAAGAAAUAAGAGAGAAUGACUCCUCCAUUGAAUGCCGGUCGGUGUCUCAGUACACGUGCAUCAGCAAUGGAUGUUUCCAGGCGCACAGCAGUCUGUGCCAUGUCGUUAUCUCUUUGACAUGUGGGUAACGUCUCCAUCCUUUAACGAGGUUCGUCUAAGAGCAAUCGAAUCAUCGUUCCGUGCCAUGUUUCGUUUUCACGAAAAAAACUGUAGUUUCAGUUUUAUUCCCAGCCUUCCUUGUUCAGGUAUCGCCGACUUUCUUUGCGACCGAAAAUUGCCGUCACAUGCCCCACCAAUGUUCACCUCUUGUGGUGGUUGAAUUGUGUCCCUUAGUCGGGAAUCUUACAAGAAAGCAUUGUUGUCACAGUAGACGCAGCACAUGCGUACAUGUAUGCGUUCAGAGCAUUCAGUAUGCAAGGAAAUAACAUGCAUGAAGCACCAUUUGAGAAUCUCUCCUAUUAUGAAUGGAAGAGUGGCAUGAAUUCCCGUAUUUUCGGUUACUUCCCGUACCACCGUGUGAUAAUGGCGAUCAAGAUGCUUCACCUAACUUGGGAGGCACA